UUCAUUUGGUCUGUCGACAAUUAUAUAAACGUAGACCAGAAAAAAAGACCUAAAAAUGCUAUUAGGAGUACUUUGCUUCAUUUUCGUAUUUGGAGGUUUCCAAGCAGCAGAUGCAAUGGAUACGAAGAUCGAACCAGUCGUCCGCGAGCUACAGAGUUUGGAGAACCGCUUCUUUGAUUUCAACAUGCACAUUGAGAAGAAAUUGGCACAAAUGGAAAAGGCGUUUGAUGAGAAGUUGAAUUCCGUUGAGACAUUCUAUAAGCGGAAAUUAAGUACAAUAGAGGAAAGGCUUUCUGAAAGUGAAAAUAGGCAAACAUCCACGGAGAUCUUUUAUAAAAACAAAUUGGCUGAAGUGAAGAACAGGUGUUACAAUAUUGAAGAGAAACUUCAUUCCACACAGAAAUUGAACGACAUCAUAUUUAAUAGAAUGGAGAAAAGACUAAACAGUAUCGAAGAAAAACUGGAUGAGGCCGUAUACACAUAUGAAAACAAGGUUAAUAAAUUAGAGAAAACUCUCUAUAAUAAGGACAAGAAACAUAACUCUGACGUUAAAUCUGCUGAUAAAAAGUUCUCUAAAAUAGAAAAACGGCAAUAUGAAACCGAUGGAAGAAAAAUAAACGCAAACGCUGAAAAUACCGAACUUAAAUAUAACAACGGAAUUCCAAACAGCCGCGGAAUACAGAAAGGAAAUCUUACAACACCAGAAAUAGCUGGACAUGCCACGGAUGAAAGUGAAACCAGUGCUUUAGAAGUAAAAGAUAAGAAAUCGGAAAAUACAGAAUGUGCCUCCCUUACACGACGUCUAACAUCAUCUGGAAACAACCGUAUUGCAUUUACAGCGUAUUUAUCCAACUAUGCCUCAGAACUUGGUAGAGAACACACUAUACCGUUCGAUCAAGUCUUGCUUAACGAAGGUCAGGCAUUUGACACUGUGUUCCAUGCCUUUAUUUGCCCUGUCAAUGGUAUAUAUAUGUUCCAGUCAGCCGCAAUGAGCAUGUACCACGAGAUGAUACAGACAGAAAUUGUAAAAGAUGGUGUAGCAUUAGUUAUAAUGUAUGCAUCAGGCAGUACUGGAGGCCAUGGCUAUGAUCAGGGCUUCAAUUCUGCCAUUAUACAGUGUAACCAAAGUGAAAGAGUAUGGGUAAGGGUGCAUUCGCAUGAUGGUACAGCUAUAUACGGUUAUCUAAAAUACACAACGUUCUCUGGCUAUCUUUUAUGGGAAAUAUAAUAAUAUGCACGUCUUGCACUGACAUAUUCUAAAUGAAAUAUUGUUAAAAUAAACCAUGCUUAAAUACAUUUGUAGAAGAACUUUAAAAUAAGGAUCAUACAUGCAUGAAUACUAGUAAAUGAGCAGAAAAGAAAGGAAAGCAUUACAUUAAUUUUCUUUGUUUGAUUUUCAACUGUGCUAAGUUUUUUAACGAUAAUUAGAUAAUCUAGCAAUA